AUGGGUCCUCGCAAGGCAUCGUCGUCUUUCUCCUAUUUAGGAGUUCAUGAUGCCAACAGCUUAGCUGAUACCAAAUCUAAACAGCUGGAUAAUAACGGGCCGGAGAAAGUUGAGAAAAUCUCAACUACUUAUGCUCUUAUCAAUUUACUCAAGGGAAUGGUUGGGCCAGGCUGUUUUGCCCUUCCAUUAUCGUUCAAACAAGCUGGUCUAUGGGCAGGAAUGGCUGUUGUUUUCUUAUUGGGAAUCGCAUCCUCCAUUUGCAUGAUUAAACUAGUCGAAUGCUCACAGUACUUAUGUAAAAGAAACAACAAACGAACUCUGGACUACGGACAGAUGGCGGAAGAAGCAUUCCGAUCGAGUUUUGCUCCUCUGAGGAAGUUCGCUUUCACGAUGAAAAUCAUUGUUAACAGCUGCCUCAUACUACUUCAAAUUGGAAUUUGCAGCGUUUUCUAUAUCUUCGUUGUUGACCAUCUAACAGAUAUUCAGUUGCAUAUAUGGCCACAUCUGCAUAUAUCAAGGAAUUUAUAUUUCCUGAUUGUGUUACCAGCCUUUCUCAUUCUAUGCACCAUCAGAACUUUGAAAGUCAUUUCCUAUGUGUGUCUGAUGGGAAAUAUCUUAAUGGCAUGCUCAUUAACUAUUAUAUUAGAGGAAUUGAUACGUGCUCCACACAUUAACACGAGAGACUUACCAGCUAUAACGGAUAUGAAUGGGGUUACCUUAGCUGCUGGAUCGAUCUUAUAUGCUCUAGAAGGACAAGCUUUGGUAUUACCAUUGGAGAACAAAAUGAAAUAUCCUCAGGAUAUGAAGGGGUACACUGGUGUACUGUCCACAGGUGUCAGCUUGGUUUCCUUGAUCUAUGCAGCUUGUGGAUUCUAUGGAUAUAUCACCUACGGGUGUGAAGUGAAAGCCAGUAUUACACUAAAUCUCACAGACAAACCAUUAGACUUCUCUGUUAAAAUAAUGCUUUUGAUUGUUGUCUUCUUUGCUUUCCUGAUUCAAUCCUUCCCAUUGGUGGAAAUGAUCUGGCCGCCCAUAAAGAAGAGGCUGAGAGAGAAGAAUUACAGCAGAACAGCAAGAAUUGCAUCUGAAUAUCUUUUCAGAUAUAGUAUCGUUUUUGUUGCAUUAGGAAUAUCAUUUGCUGUUCCUAAUUUGGAUGAGAUCAUUCCGUUAGUUGGAGUAACAGCUGGAAUGAUGUUAGCACUAGUUCUUCCACCUAUCAUGGAGACUGCCUGUUUCCUUCCUGUGUGGAUAGAAGAAGGAGCAACAUGGAAAAUGUACAUACGUCUAGCAUUAAACCUAUUGUAUUUCCUAAUGGGUCUGUUCUUCGUAGUAACCGGUCUACAAGCUAACAUAUCCACUCUCGCAUCUCAUACUUCUGACAAGAGUUGUCAAUCCAAUAUGAGCUUUUAA